AGAGAAUAACAGGAACCUGGAGAAUUUGAGAAUAUAAAGAAGCACAGAAUCCAUGAAUUAUGAAGAGUAACAAAUAAAACUAGAAAGGAUGAUAAAAAUUGCAAAGCACUAGCUCUGUGAUUAGAUCGAAUUCUCCAACAACAACAUCUCAGAUUAUGGCAAGAAAGAAACGAAGAGGGAUAAUAGAGAAAAGGCGCCGAGAUCGGAUAAAUAAUAGUUUAUCUGAGCUGAGACGACUGGUGCCAACUGCUUUUGAAAAACAAGGAUCUGCAAAGUUAGAAAAAGCCGAAAUACUUCAAAUGACAGUAGAUCAUUUGAAGAUGCUUCAGGCAACCGGGGGUAAAGGCUACUUUGACGCACAUGCUCUUGCCAUGGACUUCAUGAGCAUUGGAUUCCGAGAGUGCUUAACGGAAGUGGCGAGGUACCUGAGCUCUGUGGAAGGCCUGGACUCCUCGGAUCCACUGCGGGUGCGACUGGUUUCUCAUCUCAGCACGUGUGCCUCGCAGCGGGAGGCGGCGGCGAUGACGUCCUCUCUGGCUCACCACCACCACCCCCUACAUCCGCACCACUGGGCGGCGGCCUUCCACCAUCUCCCCGCAGCCCUGCUCCAACCCAACGGACUCCACGCCUCGGAGUCAACGCCUUGCCGCCUCUCCACAACUUCAGAAGUGCCUCCUGCCCACGGCUCUGCUCUCCUCACGGCCACAUUUGCCCAUGCAGAUUCUGCCCUUCGGAUGCCGUCGACGGGCAGUGUCGCCCCAUGCGUGCCACCCCUCUCCACUUCUCUCUUGUCCCUCUCAGCCACUGUCCAUGCGGCUGCUGCAGCGGCCACCGCAGCAGCACACAGCUUCCCUCUGUCCUUCGCAGGGGCGUUCCCCAUGCUCCCCCCAAACGCCGCUGCAGCAGUGGCAGCGGCCACAGCCAUCAGCCCGCCUCUGUCAGUGUCAGCCACGUCCAGUCCCCAGCAGACAAGCAGUGGAACAAACAGUAAACCUUACCGACCCUGGGGGACAGAAGUGGGUGCUUUUUAAGUUUCCAGUGAACUUCUUGCAAUAGUAACUGAAUGUCCUUCAUUUCAGAGUCAGCUUAAAACCUCUGCACCCGGAGGUAGCCAUGCAGAUGUCUACAGAUCCACAAAGGAACAAUAAAGCUAUUUGAGACACAAACCUCACAAGUGGAAAUGUGGUAUUAUCUUUUUCUAUUUUUUCUUUUUUUGUUUAAGGCAGCUCGAUAACUGAUAUCAGCAACUUUUGAAAACUUCACACUUGUUUCCAUUUAGAGUUUUCCUGGAAAAUAUAUGGACUGUACCAUCGAGCAAUGCAUCAGUAUAUUUGAGUUGGAGAAGAAAAAUGUCCUGACUGAAUUCUCUUGAAACUAGAUGGAAAAAAAAACAAUAUUUGUUUUUAUUAAGUGCCUGAGCUAGUAAAGUUUUUUGUUUUGUUUUUUUCUGAACGUAGAACAUUGCACAAGUAAAGAGUGGAGAGGUUAGGUUAAGAAAGGAAAGGGACAGACUUCGUGUGUUAAGCUGCAGACAUACGAUGCCAGACAAGAGUACUCUGUUGAAACCAACAGGUUUUUAUUGGCCAAAAGGAUUGCUGAAAAUAAUUUUCAAGUUGAAAGGCCUAGUUUUAUCUUAGUUUGCUUUCUCUGUACAGACUUGCCAAGUGAUGACAUUCAGCAAUGCAUUGGUAUAAGCAAUUAUUCCAUCAGUGCUCAGAUUAACAAGUAUUUCUGCCCUGCCUGCAAACAAAUCCCCAGGCACUUUUUUAUCCAUGGCUCAAAAUAUGGUGCUUCUUUAAAUAAACUGUACAUUUAGAGAGUGCACCUAGGAGCAUUGCCUACUGUAUGCCCACCAGAGGCUAUUUGAUUCAGGCCAACUUGAAAACUCCAGUUUAUAAAAGCUUAGAUUAAUUUAUUCAGUUUCAUUUGGACUGUUUCACAUAUUUAUCCUCCUCGUUUUGUCCUGAUAAUGAGCAUUGUCUAUUCUUGUCACCUUUUUUGGCAGAAGUUGCAUUUCUGGAGGUGAUGAGACAGGGAGAGAGCAUUGGGAAGAGAAAAGCCAUGAUUUUUAAAUGCUCUUUGUCAAGCUCGCGAUUGUGUUUGAUCCCAAAUCAAGAUGAAUGUAUGCAAUGGGAUGUACAGAAAUUAUUUUUGCCCAUGCCUAGACUAGUGCUACAUAAUGGUGUUUUUGGUUUUGUUUUUUUUAUUUUGUUUAAUGACAAAAUAAUCUCUUAAUACAUUGAAAUUGAACACGUGAGAUUUUAUGUUUGAAAGAUAAAAACACAGCAUGUAUUAUUAUGCACUUCAUUUCUCUGCUGUGUGGAGAAAGCAAUGAACCUGAGAAUGUUAAACAUUAUGCAAAAUUAUACUUUUAAAUAUUUGUUUUAAAAUUACUGUACCUAGUCUUUUGUGCAUUACUUUGUAACCUUUUUUCUAUGCAAAAGUCUACAUAUCACUAAUUAAAUGAAGUCCUUUUUGACUAUUUUUAUGUGGAUGAGUUGCUUUGCAGAGUGGAAAGUUGAUAUGAGUUGCCUUCCUUCACUAACAAGUUAAGCCAUGGUUUUAUUUUUUGCUUUUUCAAAGUCAUUUGACAUAAUUCACAACUUGCUUGAAAAUAGCAUUUAUCUGAGCUUGUAAAUCAAUUAAGCGUAAGUGGAUAUGACGUUAUUUGGAGACAGGAAGUGAUUAGUUUCCUCUGCCUUUCAUUCUUAAUCAUGGUUCUUGGAAAAGUGCAAAUACAAGAAUAGUAUACCCAACAUAGGAUAAUAAGCUAGAAUGUGUCAUACGUUUUGUAACUCAAAAACAUUUGUAGAGUGUUUUUAAAAAUCACAUGCAUACAUGAUAGGCAUAUAUAUGCCUCCUGAUGAUAAAUCCUCUGUACCUACCUCAAUGAAAAUUUCUUUUGAUGCUGUAAAAAUUAUAUAGGUAUGAAGCCUGAAAGAGACUAUUUCAGAGUUCUUAAAGCUAUUGGGCCAAACAUAUUAAAUGAAUAAAAAUGUUUUAUUAUGCAUGUCAAUUAUGUUCAAAGUUAAAGGAAAAACUGGGGGGCUUCUUAUUUUAGUUUUGAAAACAAAUAUAGUUCAUCUAAUUUCUUCUGUCUGGAAAUGGGUAAAAAAAAAAAUGAGCAAAAACAGAUCACCUUGUUCCUCCUAUCUGUAAGCUCUGUGGUUAUGAUGUCUUCAGUUAGCUCUGGUGGAAUUAGGUAGCAAAUAAGAAAAUGGAUUUAGUUGUUUUUGAAGUUUGCUUUUGAAUCAUAAUUUGUAGACAACUGGCAUAGAAAUAUUUUUUUAUUUAGGAUCUAAUAGCUGAUUCUGUGCCUAUUGUAAUGUCAGCAUUUAAACAAGUUUUCCUUUCUGGAAUGUAAAUGUUUUAGAGAUCAGAAUUUUUUUUUUUAAUUUGAAUUAAAUAUUUUAAGAUAAAUCCCCUUCUUCCUUUCCUCCCUUUCUCUUCCUUUUUUUCCCUGACAUUUUUUCCCCCCACAGGUACAUAUGGGUUAUUAUUUUUCAGUUUAAUUGAUUAAAAGAUUUGCAAACCAACUUACCACAUAGUUGCUAAGGGUUGUCCAUGUUGCUAAAGAUAAUCAUUGAGAGUAAAUUCAGUCAUUUAAACUUAAUUGGUCCUCAAUCAUUGUUUCACAUCAUCAGCUUUUAACAUCACAUACCACUCUUUCUAUUAAUUUUAUCACUGAGUUUUUCAUCUUUGAUCAAAUGUUUUGUGAAAGUGGUAUUCCACCUUUAGGUGUGGUAAUUUUCAUGUUUACUACCAAAAUGGGAAAGAAAUUGUGUUUAUAGU